AUGUCGCGCGGACCACUCCCAUCGACGCUGUGCCUACUCUCAUCGCUGCCAUACCGCUCCGUCGGUGACAAGGUCCGCUUCCUCGGCUGUGUAGGCGCAUACUCCACCGCGACGGGCAGUGUGAGCCUCACCCACGACUAUCCCGCCAACACCAACGUCACAGCAGUCGCCGACGUGAACCUCGUCCUCGAGACACUCACGCAUGAGACCUUGCAGCAGGGCGAAUGGGUCAACGUCGUGGGCUACGUGACGAGGCGGCAGCGCGCGACGGGCAAGGGGGGCGUCAAAGUGCACGUGCAGGCGCUGACGCUGUGGUCGGCUGGACCGGCGAUGGAAGUGGCCAAGUACGAGCGCACAGUCGACGAGGGACUGGAUUGA